AAAAUGUGAACCAAGAAAGAGAGGAACCGGCAACUGCUGUUGCUAAAGAGGCCGCUACGCAACUAACUAAAAAUAAGCACACAAUUAGCCAGAGUACUUAGUACAAACCGAGCGAGAGAUCGGCUGAGGGAAAUUCUGUGGCCGGCGAGACAGAGAGAGAGAGGAAGAGAGGAAUCGCAUCUCCUGGGUAUUUAUAAUUGGCGACUCCAAGUAAUGAGUCUGGCAGUCACUGGGAGCGGUCGCUUUAGGCAGAGGAGACGACACGUAAUCGAAAACAAUGCAAGAUUACAGCGAAAAGUUGAACGUUGUCACCAAUGAGAAGCUGGGCAGGCAUUUGGUGGUCAGCGAGCGGAUUGAGCUGGGCGAGACGUUGCUGGAGGAGCAGCCGUUGCUGGUGGCGCCUCAUUGGGAGUGUGGCCAGCUGAAGUGCUCCCAGUGCCUGCAGGAAUCGUACAUUAUAUGCCGAAAGUGUCAGGUGUAUCCAUUGUGCAUGGACUGCAGUGAUCACGAUGCCUUCGAGUGCGAGUUCUUUGCCAGCGGUGCUGGCAGUAGGAUCAGUAAGGAUCUCCUGGUCAAGAACUACAACAUUUGUGCGCUAUUGAAGCUGCUGCUGUUGCUCGAGAAUCCGGAUAAGCGGGAUCUUUGCCAGCCGCUUGUGGAUAGACCUAUCAAACUGGAGGAUUAUCGGAAUGAGGACGGCAUGUGGCAGGAGCAUGAGGAGCAGGUAGUGCGUCCCAUAAUGGCCAGCGGAUUAGUAGAGGCUUUACCUGAGCAACAGCUGACACCAGAUAUAAUCCACGCCCACUGCAUCCGCAUUGACAGCAACGCCUUCGAGGUAACCGCCCGCGAUGGGGACACCUUGAAGGGAGUCUAUGUGUGGGGCGCCAGUCUGCCGCAUCAUUGUGUGCCCAACACAGUGGUCGCUCUGGACGAGCAGUUCAACAUGAAGCUGUAUGCUGCAGUGCCGCUGGAUACUGGCGCCAUCGUUCACACCUCCUACACCAAUCCGUUGAUGGGAACGAGUCAGCGACAGCAUCAGUUGUGUCUCUCCCGGCACAUGGAUUGUGCCUGCUCCCGCUGCCUGGAUCCCACUGAAUUGAACACUCAUAUGAGCAGCAUGAAGUGCAGGGAUUGUCCCAAUGGUUAUGCUGUCUGUGAGCUGCUGGGAACUGGCGAUUGGCGCUGCUUAAAUGCAGAUUGUGGAGCUCUUAUGCCAGCGGUGGAUGUCCAUGAACUGCUCACCGAGGUGGGCAGCGCUUUGGUCGAGGCCAAGGGCGAGUUGAGUGCCUACGAAGAUUUGCUCGCUCAGCACCAGCAACUCUUUCAUCCCAAUCACUUUCUAUUGCUGGACAUUAAGCAGAAUAUUGCCAGCAUUCUGCGUGCUGCGGCCUUAAUGAAUUCCCUCAAUGAUCCCUGCAAGAAGCUGCUGUCACGCCGUGUGGAACUGUGUGGUGACCUCUUGCCAGUUUGUCGCGCCGUCGUGCCUGGAAUCUCCAAGCUAUAUGCCAUUGCGCUCUUCGAGUACCUGCUGGCCUUUGUGGAGCUUACGGAACUACAGUUUGCCGAGGGCGAUGUGGACAAAAAGGAGUAUGCGGCUCUACUGAUGCGUGCACGUUCGGUGGCCAAGGAGGCGUUGGAUUUACUGCAGUUCGAACCGGAAAACUCAGCAGAGGGCUUUCUAACCGAACGCAUUGGUAUGGAGCUCGAGAGGAUCGAGUCGGAUCUAAUGAAAUAUGGAAAACUUUAAACAAUCGAAGCUUAUGAAUAAAAGUUAAUAAUAUUUAAUGAAAACCAGAAA